AUGAGAAUGCUCCCAGUUCCGGACUGGAAAGAGCCUACUAAAGGUCACAAAAGAAAUUUCUUGGCCGAAGUGAUAAAGGAAUUUUUAAGAAUACUUGGCGUUGACAGGCAGUUCAGUCGAGACGUGGAGCUUUGCCGAUUACACGGUACCGGCGGAUUGCUGGAUUCUGUGCGAGAUGAAGAUCGAACAGGAUCGGCUAGGAUAUGUUUGAGGACGACACACGCCGACGAAGACGAAGCGGAUGGACGCGUCAGGCCGUAG